AUGAGCAGCCAUGGUUUCUGUGCUGACGUACCAACAUGCGACAAAUGUACGGAUCUGCACGUGGGUGUUUUAUUGGAGUUUUCGGAGUAUUAUUUCUCAGAGCACAUUCAACUGUUCGUGGAUGUGUUCCAACAAGUAACGGAGGACAUUACACAAAGAAAUGAUAUUUUGCCAGGCUUUCGCUUGAAGUUACACAUGCGGGAUACUAAGGCUCACAACGGUCUCGCUGGAAAACUUUUGUUUGAGCUAUUGGAAACGGGAGAGCCUAAAGUAGCCAUCAUAGGUCCUAUCAAAUCAGCAUCGCUAGAAGUGACGGGCCAGAUUGCCGCCGCGUACAACGUGAUUGUGCUCUCCUUUAUCGCCCUUUCGUCGGACAUCAGAAACUUUGCCCUGUUUCCAACACUGUUCAAAGUCAACCAAGACUUCAGCGUUCUCAAUCCGCUACGAAUAAAGCUCAUGAAAUAUUUUGGUUGGAAACGGGCAGGAACAAUUGCUUUAAAUAACGACAUCACUUUACCUGUUGUCUGGCUUUCUGGCUUGCUGGCUGGCUGGCUGGAGGGCUGGCUGGCUGGCAGGCUGGCUCUCUUUCUUUACAAAAACGGCUUUAUGUUUCAGGUGCACGGAGUUAGAAUCAUAUUUGCAGCUAUGACACAAGAUGAAGCACCAUCUGUGUUCUGCGAGGCGUAUCGGCAAGGCGUGUAUGGGAAAAGCUUCGUUUGGAUCAUAACUGGAGGUCUUAACAAUAGUAUCAAAUAUCUGCGCCAUAAGGGGCUGAGUUUGCACAACUACACCAACAGUCCAAUUUUCCUCGAAGCUAUUAAGAAAGGGACAAAGGAUGCGUCUUUCCAAGGCAUAUCGGGUCCACUCUCAUUUGACGACAAACACAACCGCAUCGGCUUGACUUACCUGCAGAGAAUCAUUAACGGUGAGACUAAGACAAUACGAAUGUCUUCACCCAAUGUGAACAACGUCAUCUUGAUUGGUUGCCUGUGCAUGUAUAUUGUCGUAUACGUGAGUACAGUGGAAUACCUGCACUUGUACGAGGAGGGAAGGAAAGGGUCUAUAUGUGUGGCAAAGACAUGGUUUAUUGCCAUUGGAUACACAUUGAUGUUCGGCGGGAUGUUUGCAAAAACCUACAGAGUGUAUAUUAUAUUCAAGAAAACACCGCUGAACAAAAAGCCUAUCAAAGACCAUCACCUUUUCAUCGUGAUUGGAGUCCUUUUAAUCAUCGACUUCAUUAUUCUUAUUCCCUGGACAGCGGUGUUCCCAUUCGACAGCGAAAAGCGGAUUAAAAUGACUAUGGAUACACUGGAUUACGACAUGAUUGAUUCCGAGGUGAUUGUGUACUGUCACAAUGACAAGCAGGUGUACUGGUUCAUAACGAUGUACGUAUACAAAGGGUUGCUUCUCGCCUUCGGCACGUUCCUUGCCUGGGAAACGCGCAACGUGACAGUUCAGGAGCUGAACGACUCGAGGAACAUUGGCGCGUGCAUCUACAGCGUCGUCGUCGUCUGCCUGGUCGGUGUGCCCCUUUUGCAUACCCUGUCUACAGACCAGAUCAACCCGGCCUACGUCUUGGAGACAAUCUUGCUGGUGUUCAGCACCACGUCCUGCGCUUGUAUUAUAUUUGCGCCGAAGAUUCAUAACCGCAACAAGGUGCGAGGAAAAAUGUUAACAAAAGGAGAGACGGUACCCAACAUUCAAUUAGAACACUGCCAAUGUUCCAGGCAUCCGUCAAACCAAAGCGUGGAGUUAACGGGCACCAGUAAGGAUGAAUCGAAAAUUUAG